UGGACGAGGACGUGAUGAAGACGGCGGUGUUGUUGGUUGUGGUGAUUGUGUUAAUGAGGGCGGAGUCCGGGAUUGUGCGAGGGAGUGACUGUGAGGAGGCUGAGGGAUGUGUCGUGAGGGGAGUGCGCGAGGAUGAACGAGGAUCUCUGCAGGAGGCCGCUGGAGACACAGACGACCGGGACCACCAUGACAAGACUACCGGUGUGGAGGAAGGCAGGGGCAAGAAGUUGAAGAAGCUGCUGCCGUUCCUGCUGAUGCUGCUGAAGAUGCAGUACGAAGUGUCCGUCCUGGUAUACUUCGUGAUAGCGCUGAUAGCAAAAUUGGCGCUGCUGAAGAGUUCGUUAGCACUAGUGCUGAGUGGGGUAUUGCUGCUGUGGAAGUUGCUGACAUCACAACACGUCAUUUCGCGGACUGAGGUGAAACUCCAUGAAAACAGCCUCACGAAGACACACGUCGGUGGUGGUGGCGUUAACCAUGGUUACCAAGGUGGCUAUGAGAGUGGAGGAUGGAACAGCUAUGGUGCGGCCGUCGACCAGCACUCGGCAGCCUAUAGAGGACAGAAGCCUAUGGGCCGAUAGAUUGUUCCUGAAUACCGAAGAUAUUAAAUUACUAUAAAUUAUAUGUAUUAUAAAAUUGUAUAGUUGAUACGGUUAUGUUAUUUAUUUUCGAAGUAUUUAGUUGGAAACAGUAGUUUAUUUAUUUGUAGCAUUUAACUUGACUAACAUUUAAACUUAAGAGGCAUAACUUUUGAUCCAGUCUAUACCUAGUUUAAAUUUUAAACAAUCUAUAAUACUCAUUGUAGUCUACAUGUGGAAUAUAGCGGUAAAUAACCAAAAGUAAAUUCUGUGAAAAAUAUUGUGCUAUCCAACACACUCACAUAAAUAAAAUAUAUAAACCUAAUCGCAAUUCUGUUAUAUGAUGUGUAAAGUAAAAGUGUUUUUUAUAAGUGUAUGUUUUACGCAAUAUUUUAUUUUAGCGUUGAUGGCUUUAUCACACUUAUACCGUAAUAGAUAACAAGCGUAAGAAAUCUAUAUGUAUAAUGAAUAGAAUUUAAUUAAAACUGCAUUCCUAGACCUGUGAAUAACUUUACUGUACGGUGUACAGUGUUAAGUUUUGUUUUACUUCCACGUGAUUUUCCCCUUUUCCUCAACAAAGUGCCUACAACAUUUAGUUUAAUACUAUUCAAGUCAAUGAGUUAGAAAGCAUUUAACAAAAAUUAAAUUUCAACUACCU